AUGCCCGUUCCGCCUUUGCGCCGUGUUCUCGCAUUCAUACUCCUCGCCAGUGUCGACAUCGAGUGCCAGUGCAGUUCCAGGAACUCGACCAAGCUCUUACAACCGUGCUUUGAAAGCGCGUGCACUUACGAUGAGACCUUUGCUACACUCCGCGCGCAGGCUUCGGUUUGUAAUAGACCGCACGACUCGCUGUCGAAUAGCAUCCGCAUCACCGCCUGGGUGAGCGGCAUCGCACCCAUCAUUGUCACUGCAAUGCGCUUCGCCUCUCGACAUCUGGGCGGCAACAAUUUCUGGUGGGAUGACUGGGUACAUCUUGCUUCUGUUAUUUUGGUCAUCCCCAUGACUGUCUUCCUCCUCUUGAAUGUCGAAGCAGGAAUUGGACAUCAUAUCUGGGACCUGACGUAUGCACGCGUAGUCGCAGUCGGAAGAUGGACCUACAUUACGACUAUCUUCUGGGGCCUCGAGAUGAUCUUGCUCAAGUACAGCAUCCUCUGCCUCUACCUACGUAUCUUCCCGAACGUCUGGUUGAAGCGUUUUGUCUUCGCGUUUAUGGCUUUCACGGCUGCCUUUACGCUUCCCCUCAUCGGAUUGGCUGCCUUCCAAUGUACGCCAAUCCACGCGAUCUGGGAUCUCCAAGCGCAGAAGACCGCGAAAUGCAUCGACUGGAUUGCCGUGUUAAGGCUGACGGUCGUGUACGAGAUCAUCGCCGAGAUUGUGCUCUUUAGCCUUCCUAUACCAAUCGUGCUGAAGCUGCAGAUGAAGACUGCCAAGAAGAUUCAGCUUAUGGUAUUUUUUGGGAUGGGUAUAUGUGUUAUCGCCAUGGCAAUCGCACGUGUACCGUUUUUACCAGGCGUUGUCGAUACCGAUGACCAGACCUACACCGUCACACCCACAUCGAUUCUCGGCUUUGCUGGCAGCGGAGUCGCGCAUGUAUGCGCUGCCGUCCCCACAGUCAAGAACUUCACACGAUUCUGCUCUAACGGAUUUAAGCAAGAGAGAAAAUUCUCCUCCACAUACGCCAAGGAGAGCACCCUCGACUCAAGCGGCAAACGCAGCUACAAGUCCCUGCAAGACAACAAGAACAAUGCUACCGCAAGCCAAACGAUUAGGAGCGCACAGCAGGUAAGCAGAGGCACAUCCCGCGACACGUUAGCCCAUUUGCAGCUCUCUUCAAUUAUGGAUGCAGAGGACGGUAGCGCGGUUAUGGAGCUGCACCCUGUGCUAACGGCUGCGGAAGGGGGUUUGCACCCGCACGGGGGGCGGGAUAGAGAGCAAGAGAAAAAUGCAUGGACUGAGCGCAUUCCGGAGCAGCCUCCUAAAGCCGACUCGGCGUCUGACGAAGCGAUACUGCAUAAUGACCCCUAUCGAUAG